CUGUAGAGAAUUACAAUCAAUAUGUUUACAGUGCUAACACUAGCUUUUUGUUGCUCAUAAACAUUCCAAUGUGCACUGAGGGUCAAAUUCCACAUCACGUUUUCUGUGGUAGAAACAGUCAGUAAGAGGAAGGAAAAGCUGAAUCACACAAAAAGAAUGUCGCCCGCCAAACACACGCCCGCCCACUCGAUCCCACCUCACGCUCUGAUGCAGCUGGCAAAGGCAUGGCUUGCCGAGGACACACCAAACUUUGAUCCCGCAGGAGUGUGUGUGGGGUCACAGGAGGUGGAGGCAAGGUUGUUGUGUAAAAGCCCACACAGUAUCUUGGCAGGAAGUCCCUUCUUUACAGCGGUAUUCACCGAGGCCGGCUGUAACGUGGAUUGGAUUUACCAGGAUGGAGAUGAAAUUGGUGCAGAUCCUGUCACACUUAUUGCUGUGGUGCGAGGCCCAGCCAGAUCCCUUCUCCUGGGUGAAAGGCCAGCUCUAAAUUGUCUUUCCCGGGCCUCAGGGAUCGCCACCCGAUGUUUUCAACUCCGGAAAAUGGCAAGAGCAGGAGGAUGGCAUGGAGAAGUGGCAGGCACACGUAAAACAACACCGGGCUUCCGCCUGGUGGAGAAGUAUGCUAUGCUGGUGGGUGAUGUGUCCAUGCACAGGCAGGACUUGAGUGGAAUGGUAAUGCUGAAGGACAACCAUGUCUGGGCUUCAGGGAACAUUGCAGAGGCUGUGAAAGCUGCCAGGGCAAUAUGUGGAUUCAGCAGUAAGAUUGAAGUGGAGUGUGGCUCCUCACAAGAAGCCAUGGAAGCAGCCACGGCAGGAGCAGAUAUUGUUAUGCUUGAUAAUUUCCAGCCACAGGCGCUCCAUGUUGCAGCUGCUGCUCUGAAGCAAGAAUUCCAAGCUCUGCUGAUAGAAGCCAGUGGAGGAGUGACACCAGAAAACCUAGCAGAGUAUUUCUCUCCAUGCGUGGACAUCAUCUCCCUGGGCUGUAUUACUCAAGGGUGCCCGGUUGUGGAUUUCUCCUUAAAGGUUCAAAAGCCUGUUUCUUAGUCAGACCUCUGUGAAGGAUCGGCACCAAUAUGUAUUGUACAUUCACCAAAAUUGAAUUUCAUUCUACAUACUUACAUUAAAGAUAGGUCACAGAUAAGAAAUUAUCAGAGACGUAUUAUGCCAGGAAAAACAAAAGCCUACUUAGAAGAGCCAACAUUUUUUUCGGAUUUAAUCCGAGAAGCUUUAACUGGUAACAGAUGUGUGCUGAUAUACAACCAUCCUGGUUUUGUUUUUUCGAUCGCAUUUGGUUUUAUUUCAUGUUUUAUCUUGUUUCCUCGAGUGCCAUUUUUUAUGCCUUCCUCGUUAGGUUUUAUUUCCACCUGUUCUGGUCAUCGUGUCAACCAAUCAGCUCCCUCCUAUUUGUGUCUUGUCCAAGUGUGCCUUGUUGUCUCAUCAGUUUACAGUGGUACCACUAGUUACGAAUGUCUCUUGAAAUGAAAUUUUCAAGUUACGAAACGCCUCAACAAGAAAAUAUUGCCUCUUGUUA